GAACAGGUGUAGAAUUAGAAAGCGACUCGACUCGCCGACUCGUUGAUAGAGAGAGAGACAUUGGGAGAAAGAAUCUAUCACCUUCUUCUUCUUCCUUUUUUUUCAUCCUCUUCUCUGAUUCGAGAGACUCAGAUCCAGCACUGAAGAAGAGAAGAUUCAACCGCCAUGGUCACUAAAGAGAAAGAGCAAAUCCCUGUUAAGGAGAAGAAGCUCCUCGUCGGCGUCAUAUGGAACUUCUCCACCGAGCUCAAGCUCAUUUUCAUGGCGUUACUCGUUAUCUUCACUUUAGCCACUCUCUUACCUUUCAUACCUUCUUCAUUCUCUCUCUCCGCCUCCGAUUUCCGCUUCUGCAUCUCACGCUUCUCCUCCUCCGCCGCCGUUCCCGUCAACACCACUACAUCCACCGCCGUGGAACAGUCACCGGAAAACACGACGGAAACAGAUCGAGUUUUGGAUAACGGCGUUAUCAAACGGUCGUUUACUGGCUACGGCUCUGCAGCUUACAACUUCGUCUCGAUGAGCGCUUACAGAGGCGGCGUUAACUCUUUCGCCGUCAUCGGCCUAUCGUCGAAACCCCUCCACGUGUACGGCCAUCCUUCGUACCGAUGCGAGUGGGUCCCUCUCGACCCGACUCACGACCCGAUUUCCACAGACGGGUUUAAAAUCCUAACCGAUUGGGGAUACGGACGGAUCUACACCACCGUCGUCGUCAACUGCACUUUCUCUUCAAUCUCCGCCGUUAACCCCGAAAACUCCGGCGGAAACCUCAUCCUCCACGCAACCACCGGAGAUCCAGACCGAAACCUCACCGACUCGAUCCCGGUCCUGUCGGAAUCCCCAAACUCCGUCGAUUUCGAGCUCUACAGCUCCAAAUCUCGUCGCAAAAAGUACGAUUACCUCUAUUGCGGCUCGUCUCUGUACGGAAACUUGAGUCCUCAGAGAGUGAGAGAGUGGAUCGCUUACCACGUGAGAUUCUUCGGCGAACGGUCGCAUUUCGUGCUUCACGACGCCGGAGGGAUUCACGAGGAAGUGUUCGAGGUUUUACGGCCGUGGAUUGAGCUCGGGCACGUGACGGUGCACGAUAUCAGAGACCAGGAGAGGUUCGAUGGGUAUUAUCAUAAUCAGUUCAUGGUUGUGAAUGAUUGCUUGCAUAGGUAUAGAUUCUCGGCCAAGUGGAUUUUCUUCUUCGACGUCGAUGAGUUUAUCUAUGUUCCGGCCAAUAACUCGAUCUCGUCGGUUAUGGAAUCUUUGGAGGAAUAUUCUCAGUUUACUAUUGAGCAGAUGCCUAUGAGUAGCAAGCUCUGUUACUCCGGUGAUGGUCCGGCAAGAACAUACAGGAAAUGGGGAUUUGAGAAACUGGCAUAUAGAGACGUCAAGAAAGUUCCAAGACGAGACCGUAAGUACGCGGUCCAGCCGAGUAAUGUAUUCGCGACGGGAGUCCACAUGUCUCAGAACCUGCAAGGGAAAACAUACCACAAGGCCGAGAGCAAAAUCCGUUACUUCCAUUACCACGGCUCGAUAUCUCAGCGACGUGAGCCUUGCCGUAACCUUUUCAAUGAUUCUAGAGUUGUUUUCGAGAACAAUCCUUACGUGCUCGACACUACGAUCCGCGACGUUGGCCUCGCCGUGAAGACGUUCGAGAUGAGAACGAUCGGUGACCGGCUGCUUCGGACUCGGCAAUGAGACUAGUAUAUAGGAAGAAAUGAAGAUAGUGAAUGUAUUUCCUCUUUUAGAAAGAAAUUAGAAGUUAUCAAAUAUUGGGGCAGGUGUUUUUACUUUAUUGUUUGUCUUUUGGGGUAUUCUUUUAUUUGUAUCAUCGUUUGGGUAUGGGUUCAUAAACUAUUGGCAUAUAUUCUGUAUGGAUUAGAGAUUUAAGGUCUCUUUUAAAGUAUAUAAACUAGUGGGAAUAAUUGCGGUAA